GAAAAACCUCCGAUAAAAAUUAACUCAACCAAAAAAACCCACAGAUAAAGAUAGAUUAACCACAACUUAGACCAAAGAUAACGUGAAGAGAUUCCAAUAAAUUGUCUAGUUGAGCUUCUGAAUCUAAAAAAAUUUCCUUCUCCACUGUUUCUCAGGAUGGCAAAGUGGGCAGCGCUAUGGAUUCUAGCUUUUGCAUUUGCAGCCGCCGCCAACGGAGAACCAGUUGAAAAAAAGACGUAUAUUGUUCAUAUGGCACAGUGGCAGAUGCCAGAAUCGUAUGCCACCCACGAGCACUGGCACACAUCAAUGGCGGAAAACUUAUCUGCGGAGCUUCUUUAUCACUACAACCAGGUUUUCCACGGAUUUGCGGCGCGAAUGACGGCGGCUCAAGCGGAAACUCUGAAGAAAUCCCAUGGCGUCCUCUCAGUUUACGAGGAAACGGUCUCUGAGCUUCACACGACCCACACGCCCGAUUUUCUGGGCCUGAGCUCCAACGCCGGAUUAUGGCCGGAGUCGGAAUUCGGCGACGACAUUAUUGUGGGUGUUCUCGACACAGGCGUUUCGCCGGAAAGUGAGAGCUUCGAUGAUAAGGGGUUUGGUCCCGUGAGGGGCAAAUGGAAGGGCGAGUGCGCCGGCGGGGAGAAUUUCAAAUGCAGUCAGAAGCUCAUCGGAGCAAGAUUUUACCGGCGGGGAUCGGAUGGUUCAGGGAACAACAAUGAAGCGCAAUCUGCCCGUGAUACUGAAGGGCACGGCACACACACUUCGUCUACCGCCGCCGGCGGUUUUGUGAGAAAUGCGAGUAUUUUCGGGUAUGCGAGCGGGACUGCCCGGGGAAUGGCGGCGCAGGCAAGGAUUGCGGCUUACAAGGUGUGCUGGGGAAAUGGGUGUUAUGAUUCGGAUAUUCUGGCCGCCAUGGACCAGGCUGUUGCAGAUGGGGUUGAUGUCCUUUCGCUUUCUUUGGGCGGUACCGUAGGGGCAUAUUACAGGGACUCCAUUGCAAUUGGUGCUUUUGGUGCUACUGAAAAUGGCGUUUUUGUUUCGUGCUCUGCGGGUAAUAGUGGGCCUGGGAGCUUUACUCUUUCUAAUGUUGCGCCCUGGAUUAUGACCGUGGGGGCUAGUACUUUGGAUCGGGAUUUUCCGGCCUAUGCAAUUCUUGGUGAUGAAAAAUGGUACCGUGGGGUUUCUCUUUCUGCUGGAUCGAGACUGCCUAAGGGUAUGUUGGAUUUGGUUUAUGCGGGAAAUGUUAGCGCUAAUGGGUCUCAGCAGUCGAAUCUUUGCAUGUCGGGUACACUGGAUCGUAAGCUUGUGAAGGGUAAGAUUGUUCUGUGUGACCGUGGGGUAAAUGCUAGGGUGGAGAAAGGUGCGGUUGUUAAGGCUGCAGGUGGGCUUGCCAUGAUUCUUGCUAAUUCGGAUGAUGAAGGCGCUGAGCUCGUGGCUGAUGCGCAUCUGCUGCCUGCUACGACUGUUUCGGCAAAGGACGGGAACACCAUAAAGGAGUACAUAUUUUCCACAAAAUCCCCAAAAGCAACAAUCGGCUUCAACGGCACAAUCCUGGGCGUAAAGCCGGCGCCGGCAAUGGCCGCCUUCAGUUCUCGAGGUCCAAGUUCCGUAACCCCACAAAUCCUAAAACCAGACAUUACAGCACCAGGCGUGAACAUUCUAGCAGCGUGGACGCCCAAUGCGGGUCCCACAGGACUCUCCUCAGAUAACCGACGGGUCCCUUUCAACAUCAUCUCGGGCACCUCCAUGUCCUGCCCGCAUGUCAGUGGCCUGGCGGCGCUGCUCAAAGCAGCCAAUCCUGACUGGAGCCCCGCCGCCAUAAAGUCCGCCCUCAUGACCACCGCCUAUUCAACCGAUAACGCCGGUCAUCCAAUCCUCGACAUAGCAACUGGCAAUCCAUCCACGCCCUUCGAUCACGGCGCCGGCCACGCGGACCCACAAACAGCCCUCCAUCCUGGCCUCGUAUAUGAUCUCACCGCAGAAGACUAUCUCCACUUUCUCUGCAGCAUAAAUUACACAGACUACCAGAUCAAAAUCCUUGCCCGCCGGAAUUUCACGUGCCCGGGAAACAAUCCAAUUACGUUCCCGGAAAAGCUGAAUUACCCGUCCUUCGUCGUGAUCUUCACAUCUCCGGUCGUCGAACUCACGCGGACGGUCACCAACGUGGGACCUGCCGGUUCCACGUAUAAAUUCUCGGUUUCUCUGCCCGCCACUGUAGCCGCAGAGGUCGAACCCGCGACGCUGUCGUUUUCAGAAACGGGUGAGAAAAGGAGCUAUACGGUUAAGUUUACCUCCAAGUCCAACUCUGCUGACUGGACUUUCGGGUCUCUGACGUGGACCGAUGGGAAGCACUCUGUCCGGAGUCCGAUUGCAAUAACGUCCGAGAUUCCUCUGGAGAAACGACAAGGAAGGUUGCGUGCAUCUCACUGAAAGUUACGUUUGCGGAGACGCCAAGCCAAAAUCAAAAAUAACAGUUGAAAAAACAAAAAUAGAAAACAUUUGGUGGGAAGUCAUUUUUGUUGUAUACGACAAGGCAUUAAAUUGUAUUGGUAGUUUAAAAACUAUAAUAUUUGUUUUAGAUAUGGCGAAUCACACUAUUUAUUUUUAAUAUUUUAUGGAAAAUAUUUUGUUUUUCUAUUA